CCGGCCCGUGUGACUGCAGCUGGAAAGCCCCAGCCGUGGGUCAAUCCCUCUGGCUGCUGCAGGGACCCCAUCGCCCGGGUCCUGCUCUGAGGGCCCGGCCCCACCGGCUUCCCCUGGUGGCCCUGCUCUGCCUGGGGCCCAGCGUCUACUCACCCGGCAGAAGAAUCUUACCCGCAGAGAAGGGCUUUAGGGGAGGUUUAUAUUUUGGCAAGACCCCCGACCCCUCUAAGGAGAUGGAAUCCAGGGGGUCUAGGAAGGAGUACAGGUAGGACCUGUGACCAGGUGAUGGGGGGAUGACGGGUGGGAGGUACAAGGGAGACGCAGUCCUCUGCCCCCGGUGGCUACUUGGGAGCUUUGAAGGAUGGGGUGAUGGCCCAGUCCCUGGGGAGUUGGAAAGAUCGGGACUGCGAUGGGAUACCUGGGAAGAGCUGCUAUAGGAGGGCAGGCCUGGGGAAAGUGGGUAGAAGCUAGGGUGGAGAUACCCAGUGGUGAGGGGAGUCCAGACCUGACUUGGUCACAGAUAGGGUGGCCUCAGGUGGGAGCUUCCAGUAAGCAUGGCUUCUGGGUGGUGUUCCCACCCCUGUUACUGGCCCUGCAGUGGGCGCGAUACCCUGACCUGGAGAACAUGGGUCUCAGGGUGCAGCCCAGGCCUGUAUCUCCUGGCUCCUGAAGUUCAGCUGAGGCCAAGGUGCAGGGGCCAGGGCCUCUGAACACUCAGGGCAACAGACAGAGAGAGAGAGAGAGCCAGGAAGAGGCCCCAUGGCUGGGGAGGCAGGCCCGGGACGGGGCCACUGCAGAGUCAGCAGGGACUCUGCAGCCCAGAAGACACCAGCCUGACACCCAAGAGGGCCCGCACAGGCAGGGGUGAUCUUCACACUGAAGGCUCACUGCCCCCGCAGGCUGCCUCUGGGCAGUAAGGAGGGGUGGAGGGACAGAGGUCCCCAGGCCAGUGAGGCGGCCCCAUCUCCAGGGAGCCAGUCCAGGGCCUGAUGAGCAGGCAGGCGGCACAGCACAGCCCACGGACUGCUGGGAGGUGGAGGCGACUGCACCCCAGAUUCUGAAAUCAAGGUCAGCGCUGGGGAGCAGAGGGAGAGGCUGGGAGGAGGAGCUGCCUGAGCAGAAGCCGGGAGCUGGGCUGGGUGCAGGCCCAGGAGGCCCGGGCAUCAGGCUGGAGGAAGUUCAGACCAUGAUGGGGGCGAGGGCGGCUUCUAAUGCCAGGCUGUGGGGAGCCACAGAAGGGUUUAAAGCAGGAGAGUGACCUGAUUGACUGGUGCCUCCUGAAGGUCAAGAAUGACUUGGGAAGAUGCUGAAGCAGGAUUCAGGGAGCAGCGGGCAGAGGGAACACCAGGGGGCCUCGAUGGGCUUUGGGAUGAGGUGGUCAGGCAGGGUGGCUGGGUUUCAAGUGUCUGCCUCUGUUACCUCCCGUGAGACCCAGCCGCCAGCUGCCCCUUUUCCCCCAGAAUUUUCCCCUAGGCUUCCUGGAGAACUUCAAGUCUGAAGCCACUCCUGGCAUCUGGCAGCCUGCCCAUCUUCAGACCCUCUGCCAGAAGAAAGGGUUCCCUGGGCAGCAACGCUGGGCUGCUGCUACUGGGAGACAGGGUUCAGCCUCUGCUCCCAGGUUCCUAGCCAGACCUGGGCUGGUCCUGACUCCCCGCCCCUGAGCUGUGUGGCUUAAGGCAAGACCCUGCCCCUCUCUGAGCCUGUUUCCUUAUCUAUAAAGUGGGGAGAAUGUCACCCUGUCACUUUGUUGUCAUGGGGAUCUGACAGUGCCAGGCAUUGGACCGAGCAUACAGUAGGUGCUUACUAGGUGCGAGCUCUUGCCAACCAAGGUAGGAUGGCUUGUCCUGCCCCCACACUCCCUGGAGACAGAGCCCAGAGCAGGGCAGGCUGGGCCCCGCUGGAAUGGCUCCUUCACCACUCCUGCCCUUGCUGGGCACCGGGGGGCACUGCGGGGGGUGGGGAGCGGCGGGGUCAGAAGGCCGCUGGCACAAUGCUCCCUGCUGUGUCGGGGCUGACCUGAGGGCAUGGUCCCUGAGUCCUGGCAUCUGGGGGAACCAUGACCUGUGGCCAGGGCGGGGCUGAUAAGGCUCGAAUGAAGCACCUGGGCCGGCCCCUCCCUCGGGACAGCCUCCUUCCAGCUGCUCAGCUGCCUCUGGGAGAGGAAGAUAGGCCUCAGCAACCCCCUGCAUGUCUGCCCCUAGACAGACAUCUUGCUGGCAGGUGCGGGGAAGGGGGUGGGUUAGGGGAUGGGCCCUGCCCAUCCUGGUGUCAAUCACCCCAGGCCCACUGAGGCCUGCAGAGAGGCCACUCCAGCUCAAUAUCACCCAAGGCUCAGGUGCUGGAUCCAGCCUGGCCUUUGUCCCCGUGGUGGGGGGUUGCCAGGAGAUGGGGGGGUAGCUCAGCCUCUGGUUGGUCAGUGACUUCAGCAGGUCCUGCCCUCUUUUGGGCCCUAGUUCCUUGGGCUGAAGUGAAAACUUGCUGGCCCUCACCAACUUCAAAUUGUCUUUACACAGUGGGGUGUGUGGGAGGUCCCAGCAGGCCAAGAAGUUUCUCUUCUUUUUCCCCAACAGCCAGGCGAGGCUGAAAGGGGGUGGGGAUGAGCAGAGACUGGGGGAGCCUGGAGGUGGUGAGGGCCCUGUGCUCAGGCCCCCAUGCCCUGGAGACGCCCUCCCUGUCCUCUACGGGGCCAGCGGGGAGGAGAUCAUGGGUGAGAAUCAGAGUUAGGAGCCUUCAGCCCCUGGUUAAAUAUAGAACCAAGGCCCCUCCCACAGCCUUCCCUGAAGGCUGCAAGGCCUCGAUAAGCCCUGGGUGGCCUGGGCCAGCCCCCUCCAACCUGACCCCACCCCCGUCCAGUGCUGGGACAUCCAGGGAAAGGGGUGGACGUCUUCCACAGGGGGCUGUUGAGCUCCGCUUUGAGCAGAAGCAGUGAGUGUGAUGGCUGAAAGGGGGUGAGCUGAGGGGUGAGAGGGCAGUGAAGGUACUGUCGAGGGGGUAGACACGCUAGGCCUCAGGACUCGAGGUUCAGGAAGCUCUGGCCGUGGCUGCUGAGCCCACUCUGGGGACUGUGGGCUGCGGGCUGGGCUAAGCCCUGGGAUCUGCACCUUCGUUUCCCUCUCCAGCUCUGGUGGGAGGGUCUGGCUUGGCAGACCCAGCGUGGGUGGGUAUUCAGGGGAGACCGUCAUGGAAAAUGGUGCCAGGGGAGGCUUCCUUAUAGAAGUAGCUGUCCGUGUCUGCAGAAGCAGCUGCAUCCUGGCAUAAGGACGGCUCAGGCCACGGGAGCUGCCUGGCGACAGUUCCUUUUGACAGCUUUGGGGUCACCUCUGGUGGUGGUGGGAAGCUUCCCUGACCAGCGCCUGGGCCCCCACACGCCCUCUGCGGAUCUUAUGGGGUUUUGGUGUCUGCUCCCGGGGACUGGUCGCCCCACCACCACCCCACCCCGAGUUCCUGAGCUUCCCUUUCACCCCCAGCUCCGCUGCUGCCAAGAUGCCGUUGCCACAGACACAGGCCUCUGGGCUGGAGCUGCACCGCCCCCAGGAGCCGGUGGAGCCGCACACCCCAGCCCAGGGCGCCCGAUGGGCGAGCAGCGAGGACGCGCCCGGCGCCCAGCACGAGGGCUUCAGGCCUGGCCUGGGCACCUUGCGGCGGGCCCUCUCGAGGGCGAGCCAGCGGGCCUCGGUUCGAGCCUCCCGGGGAGACGCAGGGCUGCUCAGGCUCAGCGGCCGCUUCCUGUUCGGGUCUUUGCGGCGCACUCCAGACAACUGCCCUGCCGUGGACCAGACCGGGGUGACCUCGGAGCCAGGGCCAGCCUGCGGCAGGAAGGGGUCCUCCAAGGCCAAGGAAGAUGUUGGCCGGCGGUUGUCCACGGGGGCGGGGCCUGAGGAAGCCAAAGGCACGUCCGUGGCAGACCUCAUCUCUGAGCGGCAACUCCUAGCCGCCUUCGAGCGGCUGCGGCACCUGGAGACGGGGCUAGUGACCGAGAAAGCCUCGUGCACCUUCCAGCAGGACCCCACGGGCUUUGCGCGGCGCGCCAUGGACGUGUGCCUGCACUACGACGGGCUGGCCGCGGAGAUCGGCGCCAUCGUGCGCGAGACGCUGGGCCCGGAUGGCGUGGACGCAGCCGCGCUCGCGGAGCUGGCCCGAGUGGUGCGCGCGGAAGAGGAGGCCCACCCGGAGCCCCCCGCAGACGGCGACUUUCUGCGCACGCCGCGCCGCUGGCGCCAGUACUGGGAGGACGCCGUGCGGCGGAGCGCAGAGGAGCGCGUGCGGCAGGCGGGCGCGGGGGAGGCCCCGGGGGCGCCCGACGCUGCCCCCGACUUGGCGCGGCUCCUGGCCGAGCUCGGCGCUUUGGUUCGCCGCGACCUGCAGAAGGUGCAGCGGGAGGUGCACCCCGCUUACGCGGCCGCCGGCUUCCCGGCGUGGGCGGCCUACCUGCGUGCCUUCCACGGCGCGGUGGCCGGGCGCCUCCAGGAGCUCGCGCACGACGCCCGCGGCUGCGAGCAGCUCUACGUGCUGCUGGACUGGGCCGCCAACGUCUACAGCAGUCCUGAUUUCCUGGGCUCCCAGGACCAGGCUCUGCCCUCGGAGCCGCUGCCCCCACUCCUGGCACCGGACGUCUGGGCCCAACUGGAAGAUGACUACACCAGCUUCCUGGAGACCAAGAUCGCGAGCUGCUUCGAUGGCAUCCUGCAGCUGGAGCAGAGUCGCUGGGCAGCUGCGGAGGCCCCCGAAGAGCUGCGGGGCCUCUACCACACGCCACUCUCCUUCGACGUCUGCAUGCUUGUGGCGGAGCACGUGAAGGCGGCCGGCGCCAUCUCCGCAGAACUGGAGUCCACCACGUUGGGGAUCUGCGCGCGGGCGCUGGGGCUCUUCCUGCACAGGUUCGAAAAGGCUUUUCUGGAGUCCGGGGCGGUGACCGAGCCUAACCUGUGCGCCAGCAUCAAUGCCUGCGAGGAGCUCAGGACUCACCUUCUGGCCAAGUUCCCAGAAAGCUUUGGAGAGCUGGAGAAGGCCCUGGGGGCUGCCGCCCGAGCCUUUCAGAAGCGGCUGCUCCAGGGCUUGCAGGGCGCUGUGCAGCCGCUCUUCAGGGUCCUGUGCACCAAGGCCUGGCUGACCCAGGACCUGCUGCAGCCCCUCAUGGACAAGGUGGUGGCCUUCUCGGGCCUCCUCGAGCACAUGGCCCCACCCCUUGCCCAGGAGACUCUGCAGCAGGUGCACCGCUAUGUUGUCCGCGAGUACCUGGCGCAGGCGCUGCAACCCCGUGAGCGGCUCCGGGGUGUGGACCGCCGGAGUGGCUCCCAGAAGAUGGGCCUUGAGGCACAGGCCAUCGGCAAUACCUUCCAGGGCUUGGGCUCCCAGGCCACAUGGCUGGGCCAAGCUAUCCCAUGCGUGGCUGACAUACUGGGCGAGACUUACAAAGAUGACAUCAGGCGGCACCUGGAGACGCUCAUCAGAAGCUACCCGGACAUCAGGCGGGACCACGUGCUGGCCAUCCUGGCACUGCGCCGCCUGGGCCGCCGUCGGAACCAGCACUUCCUGCGCCAUGCUCAGGCCAUGCUGAGGGCUGCCGCCAAGGCCGGGGUCUCCGGGGCCGCCGGGGGCCGCGUGCUCUUCGAGGAGAUCGAGUUGGGCACCGGCGUGGACGUGCUGGUCACCUGCAUCUAGCGCUGCUGGCCUGAAAGGGGGCUGCCUGGGGGACGGAGGGGUGGCCACCUGCCCCUAGGGACUGAGCCCCAAGCCGGCGACCCGGGAGGCAGCCCCAGCACAGCCCCAGGCCUGAAGCCCGCCCGUGGGGGACCAUCCAUCCUCCUCCUCCUGAUGGCCAGGGGAGGUCAUGCCAGGCAUGCCAGCAAGCCUGAGAGGCAUUCCAGGCAUUUGGAGGAGGAUUUGGUGCAGAAGUUCCCUUUGGUACUGCCCACCCAGGAAGGCCUCCCUGUCUAACUGUCCUGCACCACCCCAAUGUGAAAAUGAAGAACAGAGUAUUUAUUUUUAAACUAAACAUGAAUUAAAAUGGUAUCUGUCUAAGGA